UCUACAUUGUGUCACUCGAAUACCACCAGCUCGUAUUCACACUCGAAGUGUCCAUGUGUUCAAUAGGAUACGAGCAACCAACAUGUCUGAUCACCUUCGCAUUGGUCCUAGCGACUUGGGCCCCGUUUACUGACUGGGAGCGCCGGCGUGGAAUUGGCUCUGAUCACGCAAUUCGGGCACCUCUUCAUCGAGUGCGGGGAAGACGUUGACACCAGUCGCAUCUAUUCUUCCUUCAAAGGUCAAGUAGCUCCCAGCUUUCCACUACUCAUACGGUGAUAAAAUUUUGCUCGGAAGAGACUAUUCGUGCCCUACUCUUGUUCGCCGUUCUGACAAAUCCUGACUAUAUCUCCUUGAUCUUGUCUGCAGCCGCUUGUGCGACUGAGAUUGCACAGCUCACUGUUAAGACUACUACCACAUUACAAAGAUCGCCCAAAUCUUGUCACCAUGUCGGCCGACGACCAUGUCUCGAGAUUCGAGACCCUCCAGAUCCAUGCCGGCCAGGAGCCAGACCCAGCUACCAAAUCUCGCGCCGUACCCAUCUACGCAACCACCUCCUAUACCUUCAACGACUCUGCUCAUGGCGCCCGCCUGUUUGGCUUGAAAGAGUUUGGAAACAUCUAUACCAGAAUCAUGAACCCUACUCUUGAUGUCCUGGAGAAGAGAAUCGCUGCGCUUGAAGGUGGCGUUGCUGCCGUAGCUGCUUCCUCCGGUCAGUCGGCGCAGUUCAUGACCAUCAUCGCAUUGGCGCAUGCAGGAGACAACAUUGUCUCCACCUCGAACUUGUAUGGAGGUACCUACAAUCAGUUCAAGGUCAUGCUCCCUCGUCUGGGUAUCGAGACCAAGUUCUUGAAGUCUGAGAAGCCCGAGGACUUUGAGAAUGCCAUCGAUGACAAGACAAAGGCGGUUUAUGUGGAAACCAUUGGCAAUCCUAGAUAUAACGUGCCCGACUUCGAGGCCAUCUCCAAAGUCUGCAAGGCCAAGGGUGUUCCUCUGGUCGUUGACAACACUUUUGGUGCCGGCGGCUAUUUCUGUCAGCCCAUCAAACACGGGGCAGACAUCGUUGUGCACAGCACCACCAAGUGGAUCGGAGGCCACGGCACUUCCAUUGGCGGUAUGAUUGUGGACUCGGGCAAGUUCGACUGGAAAGCCAAUGCGAAGAGAUUCCCUCAAUUCAACGACCCUGCGCCUGGUUACCAUGGACUGAAGUUCGUAGACACAUUCGGCCCUUUAGCCUUUAUUAUCCGCAUCCGAGUCGAAAUCUUGAGAGAUCUUGGUUCUUGCAUGUCACCAUUCAACGCACAACAAUUUAUUCUGGGCGUGGAAACCCUGAGUCUGCGGUGCGAACGCCACGCUGAGAAUGCGCUGAAACUGGCCAGAUGGCUCGAGAAGCAUCCUAAUGUGGCCUGGGUCUCCUAUCCUGGUCUCGAGAGUCACCCUCACCAUGCAUUGGCCAAGAAAUACCUCCCCAGAGGAUUUGGAGGUGUCAUGUCAGUCGGCAUCAAGGGCGGAUCCGCUGCAGGCUCGCAAGUGGUGGAUGGAUUCAAGAUGAUUUCCAACCUAGCCAAUGUCGGUGACGCGAAGACCCUUGCCAUUCAUCCGUGGUCCACUACCCACGAGCAACUCAGCGAACAAGAGAGACUGGACUCUGGCGUAACCGAAGACAUGAUCAGAAUCUCGGUCGGCAUUGAACAUAUCGACGAUAUCAUUCACGACUUUGAGCAGAGUUUCGCCGCCAGUAGCGCAGCGCAGCCUGAUGCCGCAGCCAGUACGGACAAUGCGACACAAGGGUCCAAACCAAGUACGGAUGCUAAACUCAGUGGGGCAACCUGAUUCCAUUGCUUUUUCUAUCCAUGAGAUUUCACAAAGUCCGUAAGAGAGACAGCGUCUGAUAAUCGUUGGGAUCUGAAUAGGACCAAAUCUUUGAUGAUAAACUCUUCCCUCGCCGAUUUAGAAAUAGGGACAGGCAGGACGGGCACAAGUAUUUACAUCAUCAUGGCUAAGUAGUUGCACAUGUACCUACUGUAUAGGUGGUGCAGGGGGAUGAAUUUCGGGGCAGCCAAUCGGUAGUUACAGAAUAUCCUCGUUGUUCGAGAAUGAAUGUAGAAUUCUCACAUG